UCAUGCAAGUGGGGCGGAGAAUGCACGCUUUUCUCUCCGAUCACGACUCUGGAGUCGCAAUCAAAACAAGAGGGAGACACGCCUUCUUUAUGGUUUACGCCGCAGCCCCGCUGCUCUAAUUUGGAGGUAUCUUCGUGCACGCAGUCUCCCUGCCAGUUUGGGAGACAUGAGCUUUCGGCUGGUGGAGUUUUAAAUAAAAAAAGAAACAAAACAAAACACCCAACACAUCACGAAUCGACUCAUACGACAUGCCCAACCAGAAAAGCAACAAGGGGAAGAAGAAUAAACGCACCAACAGCAGCGGAGACGAGCAGGAAAAUGGAGCCAGUGCAGCAGCAGCAGCAGCAGCAACCGCGGCGGCGGCGGCGGCGGCUGCAACGGUAGCGGUAGCGACUGCUCAGUCCUCUACGGCGGCGCAGCAGGGCGCAACGGCCGCACUCCCCAAUGAAAACACGAACGAUGCCACAUGUGCCACCCCUCUAGUCUGUAGUUUGGGAAGACCCAUUGAUCUCGAGAAGGACGACUGUCAGAGAGUGGUCUGCAAUAAUGAGCUGUGCCCUUACGGGAACUGGAUGCAUCUCCAAUGCUUCUUUGAAUGGGAGAGCAGCAUACUAGUUCAGUUCAACUGCAUUGGCCGGGCACGCAGCUGGAACGAAAAGCAGUGCAGGCAAAACAUGUGGACUAAGAAAGGAUAUGACUUGGCCUUUCGGUUUUGCUCUUGCCGAUGCGGCCAGGGCCACCUCAAGAAAGACACUGACUGGUAUCAGGUGAAGCGCAUGCAGGACGACCGUAAAAAGAAGGUCUUGCCAGAGAAAUGCUCCGGAAAGUCCACCGGUGCUUGUGGGAGCAGCAGUGAUUCCCAAGAGGACCCAAAAAAAGGAAAACAUACUGGAGGAUGCAAACAGUCACACAAACUUAUGGGCCAUGAGCUGCCCCGACGACAAUCCGUCGAUCGACAAAACUCGCAGGAGAAAGGGGUAACCGGAUCAUCAGGUUGUAGUAACGUUGGCCUUCGUUCUCCUUGUGAUUCACCUGGUCAGUCUCCACCGUCUGGGUUUUCCUUUUUUACUUCAAACUCCUUUUCUGGUCCACGCAGCUCUCGUCACUUGGGAGAUUUUCUCAAAAAUGCUGUUCACAUGGACAGUCAUCGAAAACACCUCUCUGUCGGUGGGGCAGUGACAAAGAACUCCCAUGCAGACAAUAAUGCCAGCCUGUCCAUGCCUAGACUUGCUUCAGGAGAUGCACCAGUACAGUUCCUCCGCAGGCUUGAUAUAUCAGAACUCCUUGCCCAUAUUCCCCGCCAUAAACUCAACACUUACCAUGUACGCAUGGAAGAUGAUGCCCAGGCUGGACAGGGAGAGGACCUCAGGAAAUUCAUCUUGGCAGCCCUUAGUGCCAGUCACAGAAAUGUGGUGAACUGUGCCCUCUGCCAUCGGACACUACCUGUGUUUGAGCAGUUCCCUCUAGUUGAUGGUACCCUUUUUCUUAGCCCCUCACGACAUGAUGAAAUAGAAUAUGAUGUGCCCUGUCAUCUACAAGGGAGAUUAAUGCACCUGUAUGCAAUCUGUGUAGACUGCUUAGAAGGAGUUCAUAAAAUUAUUUGCAUUAAAUGCAAAUCCAGGUGGGACGGUAGCUGGCAUCAACUAGGAACGAUGUAUACAUAUGAUAUACUGGCAGCCUCGCCAUGUUGUCAAGCCCGCUUGAACUGUAAGCAUUGUGGAAAGCCAGUGAUAGAUGUCAGAGUCGGGAUGCAAUACUUUUCAGAAUACAGCAACGUUCAGCAGUGCCCUCACUGUGGCAAUUUAGACUACCACUUUGUGAAGCCAUUCUCUUCCUACAAAGUGCUUGAGGCUUAUUGACGAAAACUAGUCAAGUGGAAUAGCAAAUUAUUUUUACUAGGCAAUGAUUUUUUUUUUUUGUUUAUGUACAAAUUAAUUUUUUCUUUUGUAGAGUUCUUAAAAAAAAUGCUCAUUUUCUAACAAGGUAAACUGAUUGGUUUUUACAGUGCUACUUUGAAAGAAAACAGCUCAAUGACUGUAAUGGUAAAAGCAAUGUUGGUAAUAAAAAGAUCACCCAUACAUACUAAAAAAAAAAAAAUGAGGAGAAACCAUGACGAGUGAAUGUAUCUUUUAGACAGGUGGUUAAUUUAUGCUUUUGUAAAACAAUUAAUAAAAAAAGAAGAAAGAUAAAUCUAUUGAGGUGGCCAUACCAUGCAAAAUUAUAGUUUGGUGGAUUUUGCUUUUUUAUUGUUGCAGCAGGAUAAUCUUUUUGGUAUUUAAGUUGGCAUGCAUAAUCUAAAUAAAUCUCACAUACAGACCGCAUGUAGUAAGACAACGAAAUUGUUCCUUUUAAUGAAGAAUUUGUGUUUCUUGUCCAGUUUUUAAAGUCUUGAUUUAAAUAUGUGUUUUAUUUUCUGCAGGUUCAAUCACUUUAAAAUAUGUUAAUGACUAUGAAUCUCCAUUGUGUGGUAGUCCCCUUUUGUGAUUCAGUUUCAUCAGUUGGUAUAGAUCUACAUCCAGGUUUUCUCAUUUAGAGCUAGCCUGCACUUUCCAUUUAAAAAAAUCACUUGCACAGUUUUGUUUGUUGUAGCUAGAGACGCAUUGAGUAUCAUUAUUCUGCCAGCAAACUGAGCAAAGAGAAAAAUUGAAAAUGGAAAUGAAAAAGAUAUGGUCAGUAUUCACCAAAGGGAUUGAAACUGUAAGUCAAAAGUGAUUGUUACUUUAGAUGUCAAAACACGAACCGAAACUGUAGUCAAGAGGAAUGGGAAGAAAUCGUAACCAGAAGCACCAAGAAAGACACACAAGUUAGAAAGAUUUUUUUUUUUUUUUUUUUUCUGGAUCUGAAUCCAAAUCUUGAAUGCUGAGUUACGCACCAUACCGGUAUAAAUACUGCAACAUAAUUGGCGUCAAAUAUCGCAUCCUAAUAGUUUUUUGUUUCCGAGUCAUGAAUGCCAAGUUACGCACCAUACCGGUAUAAAUACUGAAAUGUAAUUGGCGUCAAAUAUCGCAUCCUAAUAGUUUUUUGUUUCCGAGUCAUGAAUGCCGAGUUACGCACCAUGCCGGUAUAAAUACUGAAAAGUAAUUGGCGUCAAAUAUCGCAUCCUAAUAGUUUUUUGUUUCCGAGUCAUGGAUGCCGAGUUACGCACCAUACCGGUAUAAAUACUAUCACGUAAUUAACAUUGAAUGUUUCAUCCUAAGGGUUUUUUGGUUCUGAAUCCAAAUCAUGGAUGCUGAUUUAUGCACCACAUCGGUAUAAAUACUGAAACUUAAUUGGCGUCAAAUAUCGCAUCCUAAUAGUUUUUUGUUUCCGAGUCAUGGAUCCUGAGUUACGCACCAUACCGGUAUAAAUACUGAAACGUAAUUGGCGUCAAAUAUCGCAUCCUAAUAGUUUUUUGUUUCUGAGUCAUGGAUGCUGAGUUACGCACCAUACCGGUAUAAAUACUGAAACGUAAUUGGCGUCAAAUAUCGCAUCCUAAUAGUUUUUUGUUUCCAAGUCAUGGAUCCUGAGUUAUGCACCAUACCGGUAUAAAUACUGAAACGUAAUUGGCGUCAAAUAUCGCAUCCUAAUAGUUUUUUGUUUCCGAGUCAUGGAUCCUGAGUUACGCACCAUACCGGUAUAAAUACUGAAAUGUAAUUGCCGUCAAAUAUCGCAUCCUAAUAGUUUUUUGUUUCCGAGUCAUGGAUGCUGAGUUACGCACCAUGCUGGUAUAAAUACUGAAAUGUAAUUGCCGUCAAAUAUCGCAUCCUAAUAGUUUUUUGUUUCCGAGUCAUGGAUGCCGAGUUACACACCAUACCGGUAUAAAUACUGUCACAUAGUUAACAUUGAAUGUUUCAUCCUAAGGAUUUUUUGGUUCUGAAUCCAAAUCAUGGAUGCUGAUUUAUGCACCACAUCGGUAUAAAUACUGUCACGUAAGUGACGUUGAAUGGCGCAUUGUACAAGCUUUGUCUCCUGGCCGUUAGGAACAAUAUCAUACCAAAAAUGUUCAUGAAAUGGAAGCGCUGUUACAAUAAACAAGACAGCUCAGCAAGGCAGUCAUCAAUAUAAUAAUACUGAACAGAACUUAAAAUAUAAUAAACGAUGAUCAAAAUGUUCCGUAGGGCAUAACGCAAAAUUGUUACUAAACCUUCAUUAGAAAAUAAUUAAGUGUAGAGACUCGUAACAAUCGUGAAGUAAACCUUCAGUUCUACAUGUCCUGUAGUCUGGUAGUGUGAGUUACUAUUUCUGGCUUUGCACUUUUGCGUUCACAUGCCCUCUGACUAUUCGGAGCUCCGAGUUGUGACACUUCACCUUCCCACUUAAGUGCAUUCACGUGUAUUUCCGGUCAGACAAUUCAGAGAAAAAUGCAAGUUUGCUGUUGAGUUGUUACUCAGCCUGCCAAAACAAAGCAAUUAAAGAUAAACAGCAUUUUUGGGGGAAAUAAAGAGCAAAAUAAACAUAUUGAACAUUUCACUCCGCUCCAAAUGCAUUUGACCAAAAAAAAAAAAAAGGGCAUUUCAGCCUGAGCGAGUUAUAGGUUUUAUUUUAAAUAAUUGGCUAAGGUGAAAGGUCAGCAUCACGUCACAACUUGAACAACUCAGGUAGCUUUGUUUUGUCCAAGUUGCAAUUCCGAGUUUGUCUAGUAUUCAUUUGGUUUUUCCAACUCAUAUUUACCAUGUGUCUGAGAGCCUGUGAACGCAGCGUUAGACUUUUCUGAUAAGGAGGUGGCAGAUUAAAAUGGAGGACUAGAUGUCAGCUGACUGUGAAGAAAGAAAUGCUGAGCUUGAAACACUGAGAGUUGCUUCAUGAGCUGCCAUUUACACCUUAAACUGUAUGACCAGCUACUUUUGCCAUUAUAACGGCCUACUAUUCAUGUUACUGUCUUGGUCCCGGUCAGUCUUGUCCUUGCACAGUUUGUUAAUUUUGCCUCAAAAUGCUUUCUGACCAUUUCUAAGGUUAUCUUUGUAAAUUCUAUUCACCUGCAACAAACUGUAGGCAGAAUUUCAGGGCUAUAUCGCUUUCUAAUUAGAUAAUCACUUCACAUAUCUAGCCGCUACAGCUCUUUUGCAAUUAGCAAGUGUUCUAUAGCAACAGUUUGGGCAUGUCUCAAACAGCCAUGUGUUAAAUCCCCUGCUCAAAUUAAUCCAACAGUUAGGCUUUGGAACUGAUUAAAUGAGCUGAAGAUAAAUUUUUUUUUUUUAAUUCAGUGCUUAUAAUCCAUGUAACUUUGAAGUUUUUCAAAAGGUAAUUAGUAAAUUUAAUACUACAUUCGCUAACCCACUUAGUACAUUUCACGGUCACCCUGCAGCUUGUGGCACAAGGUAGAAAGCAGCGCUGGACUGGACACCAAUUCACUGCUGAUUCCACACACACCAGUCUAGAAAUGCCAGUUAAGUUGCAUCCCUUUGGGAAUGUAGGAGAAAAACUGAUUUCAAUUAGAAUUGGCAACGGGCAUUUCUCAAUAAAAAGAGUAAAAAUUCAAGGUUACUUAAAUACACGUUAUAUAUACUUGCGGUGUAGUUCCACCUUACAGAUUGCAUUAAGUCAGCCAUUCCUUUCAUUUUACGGACAUUAAAUUUAAGUACUAUAAGUACUAUUUUUAUUUGUACCCUAGGUAAAAAAAUUCUCAAAGCACUUACAAAUGGAAUAUGAGCUACAGAUCCAGCAAACUAUUUAGCAGAUUGGUAUGGCCCUUUUAUCAUAAAGCAGAUCAGCUGAAUGUUUUAUUUUAAUUUUACUGUGUUUUUUGGAGAUAGGAUCCAUGCAGUUUCAUUUACAUGGUAUGUUUAGAAGUAAUUAAAAAAAAAACAGUCAAUUAUAAUUUGGUUUAAGCACCAAGAGAUUUGAAGCCACUUUUUUAUAUGAAGACUUCUUGCACAUUCAGACUUCUUUCCUUGUUAAAGUCUUUUAAAAGGAUUUUAUUUUUAUGCUCCACAAUAGCAUGUUAAUAAAUACCAUUUGAAUUCUUUUUUCCAGUUUUUGCUAACAGUUUCAAAUGCUACCCGGUUUGACUUCUAAACUAAUUUCAUUUUGUAUGCUGAUUACCAUCUGCCUGAUCCGAGAGGUAUGACUGGUCAAAAUAUUCUCAUAUGUGUAACAUAUUUUUUAUUUAAAUGCAUUUUUGAUUGAGUUCAUAUCAUAAAGUGCCUUUAAAGCUUAUUGAUAUUUAAUUUGAGAAAGAAGGCUACUAAUCUCUUGCAGGGAGGUGAGUGACUUAUCUUUCUAAACAUUUCAGUCAGUAAAACCAAUCCAUGUAAAAAUCACUUGUGUUCUGAUUUUCUACCCUUGUUCCUACAGUGUAAGUGAAUGACAAAGGAAUUUAAUUUAGAGGCAACCAGACGAAGGAAAAGCGUACCAAAGAGUAGUUGAUGUUUCAGAAGUAUUUGAUGAAGCCAUUGUGAGGUAAUACAGGAGAGGAGACAGAGAAAUUCAGUCCUGGCCAAGCAACUUGGCACUCCUGCACUUCUUUCAGAAAAUGUAUCCUUUCUCCCAGAAAACUGCCACAAUUACAAAUGCUUUGGCAUUCUCUUGUUUAUUUCUUUUGUUUGCAUUGGAACAACACAAACGAGCAAAGAAAAGAAGGCAAACCUGAUCUCAUUCCACACACAACUCCAGACAUGGACUGGACAAAAUUUUUGGUACCACCCUGUUUGGAAACAGUAACUGAAAUCGGUCACUUCCUGUAACCAAGAAUGAGUCUCUUUAACACCUCUCUACUGGGAUUUUGGAUCAGUCUUCUUUAGCCAGCUGCUCCAGGUCCCCCAGAUUUGAAGGGCGCCUUUUCCCACCUGCUAUUUUGAGGUCUCUCCACAUGUGUUCUAUGGGAUUUAGAUCUGGACUCAUUGUUGGUCACUUCAAAACUCUCCAGCACUUUCUCUUAAACUAUUUCUGGGUCAUUUGUUGAAGUAUGCUUUGGGUCAUUGACCUGCUGGAAGGCCCUUGACUUCUGAUUGAGACCAAGCUGUCUGAUACUGGGGCUCACACUGCACUCCAAAAUUCUUAAAUAGUCUUCAGAUUUCAUGAUGUCAGGCACGCAGUCAAGGUAUCCAGUGCCAUAUGCAGCAAAGUAACCCCAAAGUAUCCGUACAUCUCCACCAUGUUUGACCAUCGGGAUUGAGUUCUUUUCUUUCAAGGCCUUAUUUUGUUUUCUGUAAACUACAACAUUGUGCUUUAUAUAACAGCUCAAGUUUUGGUCUCAUCUGUCAACAGUAUGUUCUCCCAGAUAGAUGCUGGCUACUUCAGGUUGUUUUGACAAACUCCAGUCUGGCUUUUUCAGGGGAUCCUUGUGCAUCUUCUACCAUAGUGCCCCAUUUCAUUGAGAUGGAGAUGUGGUAGGAGACUGGUCAGCUUGAAUUAGUUUGGAAGUUGAUUGAUAUUAAACAAUUCUACAUUUCAUUCUUCCAUCAAUUUUUCUCUUCCAGAUUGAUUUUAAACAAUUCUACCUUUCAAUCUUCCAUCAGUUUUUCUCUUCCAUCCACAUGCAGGGAGGUUCAUGACAGUAAACCUCUUUAUGACAUUAAGCACAGUAGACACAGAAACAUUAAGGUCUCUAGAGAUGGACUUGGAACCAGGAGAUUGUCCAUACUUUUCCACAAUUUUGGUUCUCAAAUCCUCUGACAAUCUUUUGCUCUCCUUUCUAACUCUCCAUGCUCAGUGUGGUCCACACAGCACUUGUUACUUGCCACGGGCAAGUUUAAAUACAAACCAAAGGACCAUCACAUGACUGAAAUUCAGUUAUUUCUUACAAGUUUGAAAAGGUGCCUAUAAUUUUUCCUGUGCAUUUUGUAUGUCUGUGUGGAAUUUGACUUCUUGCCUCUGCUUUUUUGUGUUGUCCCAAUGCAAACCAAAGAGAUAAACAUGCGAAUGUUCAGACAUUUGCAACUCCAGCAAUUUUUCUGGGAGUGGUGGUUCAUUUUCUGAAAUAAACGAAAAUGGGGUGCAUAUAUUUUUGGAAUUGACUGUCCAACAGAGAAAUAAACACAAAAGUUAUUCUUGCCUUUCAGUGUCACAAAAUGACAACAUUUAGUUGAACUUAACAGUUUUAUAUAUUCAGAUUGUUCUUAUUUUGAGCAAAUUGUGAUGGAAUCCUUUUGUUUCUUAAUGUACGCCAGCCCCCUAACGUUUUUAUCCCAAGAAAUAAGUGAAACAAAGGCAGUUAAAGAUAAUUACUCGGUGUCACGCACUGAGGUCACCUGCAAGGAAUGUGACAGCUGGUCCAGUACCAUUGGGUCACACUUUCCACAAAUAAAAUAAGGUCAGGUAAAUGUAAAAAACAUCUGUGUGCAGGGUUCAAAACACGAACGUAAGGAAAGUUAACCAGCAGAGAGAGAAGUCAAGCUUGAUUACUCCACUCCUGACAUUUUAUUCAUACCAUGUAAAUCAAUCCAUUUCAUAGUGUUGGGGAUUUUCAGUUAUUAGUAAUUUUUUUGUUUGAGAAUAUGACAAAAGGAAGAAACUUAGUUUUGCUGAUCAUCAUCACGUUAAUAAUAAUUGCUUACUUAUUUCAUUUAGUCCUUGGGGAAGUGGGCUUUGCCAUCCUUUGGUCAGCCAUAGCAUUGUGGAGUUGACUGCGUAAAUGUGCACUUCUGUCCAAAAUGACAUCUGGGUCCACAUGCUUUGGGAGUUGUGAAUGUCUGUUAAAGAGGCACUGAACUUUGAUGAUGUGUUAGUGUGGAAUGGACGAUUAUGAAGGUCAUUUGCAUUUUAACGUUUUUUUUUUUGCCAAGAAGCAACUGAAACAGUUAACUCAUUCUUCUUAUUUCACCCUAGCCCAGAUUUUGCUUGUUGAAGGAGCAGUGCCAAAGAAACUUAACCUUUAUCUUGUAUAAACGGAUACAUAAACCUGUAUUAUUUUAAAAUACCCAAAGAGGUCGGUCAUGAAAUUAAUAAGAUUGAUAUUAAAGGGAAAUGUUGCAUCUUCCUUGCAUCAUCUGUGAGGACGGACAGUCAGUACUUUGAUUACAACUUUUUUUUGGAUCUCUCAUAAAUUGUAAUCAUUCUCAUUAAUUUCGUGACGGGCCUUGUAUGUCUCUUAUACUUAAGGUUAGUUUUGUCUUGGGACCAAAGUUUCUUUCUGUGGAAUUUUUUUUUUUUUCUUUCAUUUAAAACGUUGAUAAACAAUCAAUGAGUAAGUCGGGCUUUCUAGUUUACAUUUACAUUCUAGCUGAAUGAAAUGAAAGCACAUUUGAAGACACUUGAGCUCUGAGUCACAAAUAGGAACUGAAGUAGCAGUGAGGGAGCUGAAAAUUGGAACUGAUGCUCGAGAAUAAAUGGCCUUAAAUUGCGUUGUGGCAGUUUUUUUUAUAAACUGCAGCAAGUUCCCCUAAUGAAAAUGCAAAUGGCCUUCUUCGUGGCACACAAGCAAAGUAUGGUGUUCCUCUCAACCUAUGUACAUAAUUUCCCAUUAAAAGAUAUUUAUUUUAAUGCCCUUCAGAAGGCUGUAUGAUGUUGAAAAGGUUAAUAUUUAUAUAAAGACCUUGCUUUUAAAGCCU